AUGCUUUACUAUAGUUUACUAUGUACAUUUUAUUUUCUGUCUACAUUUUCUUUAUUGAGUUCAAAUCCUUCGUAUACAUCAAUAUUAGAAGGUAUUUUCACCGAACAAAAAACAACAACAAUGAACAAUUCUACAGAUUUCAAAUUACUAGUGUUAUGUUACUUUGUUUUGUAUUUAGAUGUUACAUUUCAGGUCAUACAAAAUACUACUGCUACUACUACUACUACUACUAAUAAUAAUAAUAAAGAAUUAGAUUUACAAAAUGAAAUGAAUCAAUUCAAUACCAUAACAUUUCCUUAA